AUGUUCAUUCCAUUCUGCACAAACUCCCAGGUUUUAGAAACCCGACAAUCCGAUCAAAAAAAGAUACUAACAGCAGCAUUGGAGGUGAAAUUCCUCGGAUUCUCGGAAACUUACGUGUCGGAAGUUACAUGCGAAAGGCCAAGUUAUGUUCAGGCGGUAGCAUCAUCAGACGCACUAUUCCGUCAUCUGACAGCCCUGUGGCAAUUCGCACCUCAUGGCGGAUCGCCGUCAACGCAUUGCAAUCUAGCCUUUCACCUGGAAUUUGAAUUCGCCUCCCCUUUGCACGCUCAAUUAGCAAACGCAUUUUUCGAUCAAAUUAACGAUUUGAUGAUCACGGCCUUUGAAAAAAGGUGCAAAGAGAUAUACGGUCUUCCGGCACCCGACUCAUGCACGUCACCCGAUACACCCGAUGGUGAAUGA